GUUUUUUGGUCAGUCUUCGCUCAAGAUUCAAGCAAGAAACAAGUUUUAAGCAUUUUUUUAAUUAAAUUUUUAGAAAAAAUCAUCAUGGCACAACAAAUGUACGGACAAAUCCCCGAAUUUUACGGCGAUGGUGACGAUUGGAACGUUUAUUACGAGCGUUUGGAGCAAUUUUUCGAAGUAAACAACAUUCCGGACAACAAACGAAGCGCCUUCCUCAUCAGCGUUAUCGGAUCCAACAGUUACAAAACGCUGCGAGACCUUUGUCAUCCCACGUUGCCCAAAGACAAGCCCUUUGAUGAGCUCUGUGAACUGCUGCGGAGACAAUUUUCGCCACAAAUUUCCAUUUUUCGCGAACGCAGCAAAUUUUACAAUUGUCGUCAGGAGCCGCAUGAAAAUGUGACGUCAUGGUAUGGAAGAGUGAAGAAGUUGUCGGUUGAUUGUCGGUUCGGGGAUAAUUUGGAGAUGGUGCUGUUGGAUAAAUUUAUCACGGGAUUGAGACCGGGGCAGGUUUUGGAUCGACUUUGUGAGGAAAGUGAGACGCUGACGUUGCAACAAGCAGUCGAUAUUGCCAUUAAUAAGGAGUGUGCGUUGUUGGAAACGGCUCGAAAUUAAGAAAAAAAAGUAUUUUAUAAAUAUUUUUAAUUGAUAAGUGUGAUAAAAAUAAUAAAAAAUUAAUUAUUUAACGACUA